AUGAUUUUGGAGUUUGUAGCAACGUUGUUCAUUGUCUGGUUUCUCUGGUAUUUUGUGACAACAUACUUGGAGCGAAGAUCAAUGCCACCAGGACCGUUUCCCUACCCGUUCAUUGGUAAUCUACUCCACUUAGAUUCUUCUAACACUAAACCAUUUAAAACUCUCAGAAAGAAAUAUGGAGACAUCUUCACCGUAACGUUUGCUAUAGGAAACACUGUUGUCGUGAACACAGCCUCACUUGCUCGGAAGCUAAACUUGACAAUAAAGACGAUGUGGUUG